AUGCUACACACUUGGUACACACCUGGUACAAUUACCGUUUUUCAGCGACGCGUCCCUUGCACAUUCUUGCAGACUGACUUGCUGUAUCAGAACCUCUCAGCUAUCCUCUGGUCGUGUGUGAUCAAGGUCAUUCACCGCCUCGGACGAAAUAGUGCCCAUCUGCUUCCCCGCCAUCUCGAAGAGCACUCUCCUUCCCCAAAAUUUUUGUUGGUAAAACACAACGUGUACAGUUGGCCACGUAUUCACAUUCUCGUUCGCGCCCGACCAACCGCUACCACCAAUCGAAGGCGAUUGCCUCCUGCCGGUGCUUCUUAA